GGAAGGAGCCCGCCGCGGACCCGCCGCUGGACCCCGCACCCGCCCCGCGCCCGGCCGCCGCGCUGCGCCUCCGCCCGCCCCACCAUGCUGAAGAAAUUCGACAAAAAGGACGAGGAGUCGGGUGGGGGCUCCAACCCGUUCCAGCACCUGGAGAAGAGUGCGGUCCUCCAGGAGGCCCGUGUCUUUAAUGAGACCCCCGUCAACCCCCGGAAAUGUGCCCACAUCCUUACCAAAAUCCUUUACCUCAUAAACCAGGGGGAGCACCUGGGAACGACCGAAGCCACCGAGGCCUUCUUCGCGAUGACCAAACUCUUUCAGUCCAAUGAUCCCACGCUGCGCCGGAUGUGCUACCUGACCAUCAAGGAGAUGGCUUCCAUUGCCGAGGAUGUCAUCAUCGUCACCAGCAGCCUGACAAAGGACAUGACGGGGAAGGAGGACAACUACCGGGGCCCGGCCGUGCGUGCUCUCUGCCAGAUCACUGAUAGCACCAUGCUCCAGGCCAUCGAGCGCUACAUGAAGCAGGCCAUCGUGGACAAGGUCCCCAGUGUCUCCAGCUCUGCCCUUGUGUCUUCCCUGCACCUGCUGAAGUGCAGUUUCGACGUGGUCAAGCGCUGGGUGAACGAGGCCCAGGAGGCGGCCUCCAGUGACAACGUCAUGGUGCAGUACCAUGCGCUGGGCCUCCUGUACCACGUGCGAAAGAACGACCGGCUGGCCGUGAGCAAGAUGAUCAGCAAGUUCACCCGGCAUGGCCUCAAGUCGCCCUUCGCCUACUGCAUGAUGAUCCGCGUGGCCAGCAAGCAGCUGGAGGAGGAGGACGGCAGCCGCGACAGCCCCCUCUUUGACUUCAUCGAGAGCUGCCUGCGCAACAAGCACGAGAUGGUGGUGUACGAGGCGGCCUCAGCCAUCGUCGACCUGCCCGGCUGCAGUGCCAAGGAGCUGGCCCCGGCCGUGUCAGUGCUCCAGCUCUUCUGCAGCUCCCCCAAGGCUGCCCUCCGCUAUGCUGCCGUCCGCACCCUCAAUAAGGUGGCCAUGAAGCACCCGUCCGCUGUGACGGCCUGCAACCUGGACCUGGAGAACCUGGUCACGGACUCGAACCGCAGCAUAGCCACGCUGGCCAUCACCACGCUCCUCAAGACGGGCAGCGAGAGUAGUAUCGACCGCCUCAUGAAGCAGAUCUCCUCCUUCAUGUCCGAGAUCUCCGACGAGUUCAAGGUGGUGGUUGUCCAGGCCAUCAGCGCCCUGUGCCAGAAGUACCCCCGCAAACACGCCGUGCUCAUGAACUUCCUGUUCACCAUGCUGCGGGAAGAGGGCGGCUUUGAGUACAAGCGGGCCAUUGUGGACUGCAUCAUCAGCAUCAUCGAGGAGAACGCAGAGAGCAAGGAGACGGGGCUGUCGCACCUGUGCGAGUUCAUCGAGGACUGCGAGUUCACCGUGCUGGCCACCCGCAUCCUGCACCUGCUGGGCCAGGAGGGGCCCAAGACCAACAACCCCUCCAAGUACAUCCGCUUCAUCUACAACCGGGUGGUCCUGGAGCACGAGGAGGUCCGGGCAGGUGCUGUGAGCGCCCUGGCCAAGUUUGGAGCCCAGAAUGAGGAGAUGCUCCCCAGCAUCUUGGUGCUGCUGAAGAGGUGCGUGAUGGACGAUGACAAUGAAGUCAGGGACCGCGCCACCUUCUAUCUGAGUGUUCUGGAGCAGAAGCAGAAGGCCCUCAACGCAGGCUACAUUCUGAACGGUCUGACCGUGUCCAUCCCUGGUUUGGAGAGGGCUUUGCAGCAGUACACCCUCGAACCAUCAGAAAAACCAUUCGACCUCAAGUCUGUGCCCCUGGCCACCGCGCCCCUGGCAGAACAGAGAACAGAGACCACCCCCAUCACAGCAGCCAAGCAGCCCGAGAAGGUGGCGGCCACCCGGCAGGAGAUCUUCCAGGAGCAGUUGGCUGCCGUGCCCGAGUUCCAGGGUCUGGGGCCCCUCUUCAAGUCCUCGCCCGAGCCAGUGGCCCUCACCGAGUCAGAGACGGAGUACGUCAUCCGCUGCACCAAGCACACCUUCACCGGACACAUGGUGUUUCAGUUUGACUGCAUGAACACACUCAACGACCAGACGCUGGAGAACGUCACGGUCCAGAUGGAGCCGACCGAGGCCUACGAGGUCCUCUGCCACGUGCCUGCCCGCAGCCUCCCCUACAACCAGCCCGGGACCUGCUACACGCUCGUAGCGCUGCCCAAGGAAGACCCCACGACUGUGGCCUGCACGUUCAGCUGCGUGAUGAAGUUCACGGUCAAGGACUGCGACCCCACCACAGGGGAGACGGACGAGGAGGGCUAUGAGGACGAGUAUGUGCUGGAGGACCUGGAGGUCACUGUAGCCGAUCACAUCCAGAAGGUCAUGAAGGUGAACUUCGAGGCAGCCUGGGAUGAGGUCGGGGAUGAGUUUGAGAAGGAGGAGACAUUCACCUUGUCAACCAUCAAGACACUGGAAGAGGCUGUGGGCAAUAUUGUGAAGUUCCUGGGAAUGCACCCGUGCGAGCGCUCGGACAAAGUACCAGACAACAAGAACACGCACACACUGCUGUUGGCCGGUGUUUUCCGGGGCGGCCACGACAUCCUGGUGCGCUCCCGGCUUCUGCUCUUGGACACAGUCACAAUGCAGGUGACAGCCAGGAGCUCGGAGGAGUUGCCAGUGGACAUCAUCCUGGCCUCCGUGGGUUAAGAAGCAUCCUGCACCACCCGACCCAAACCUUCGCCCAUCCAGAGAGGCCACUGACACUUUGCCCUGAACCCAGUCCCAAAUGGAAACUCCUUCCCAGGCCUCUAUUAGAAACGAUUAUAAAUCAUGGAGGACUUUCUGCUGUUGUUCAGUUCAACCUUUGGCCCUCAGUCUUUUUUUAAAAUGUAUAAAUAUAUAUGAAACGAGAUGAUUUUAGCUUGACCUAGAACAGGAAUAAAAUGCCAGUGAAUAAAAUGCUCAUUACCUCCUGGACAAA